CAACUCUCUCUCUCUCUGGCAGAUUGGUUUAAACUUUAAACCCUAAACCCUGCGCUUCAAGAUUUUCCGGUGAAGGGCAGACACAGUGUUAGAUUGGGCAUGCUUUUGUGAAGAUGCUCCUAAGAAAACAAGGCAUACGCCAUUUUCAUUUGAACUGCUGUAACAUUUACACUUUUUCAAAAAGGUUUUCAUCCUUGCCAAAUGGGCCUUCUUCUGAACAUGAUAGGAAAGUUGUUUCCUCCAUGGAUAGGGUUAGUUGCGAUAAUUCGAGAAAAGUUGAGGGUGUGAGACAAGUAGUUGAUGAUGUGUGCCAAGUAUUGGAGGGUCGUCCUUGGGGACCUACCCUUGAGAAUGCUUUAUCAAUGCUUGACAACAAACCUCAAUCAGAAUCAGUUAUUGGAGUCUUAAGGAGACUGAAAGAUGUAGGUCUAGCAUUUAAUUAUUUUCGGUGGUGUGAGAGACAAACUGACCAAGCACAUUGUCCCGAAGCAUACAAUUCACUUCUCAUGGUCAUGGCUAGGAGUAGAAAUUUUAAGUUCUUGGAACAGGUCCUGGAAGAAAUGAGUAUUGCAGGAAUUGGCCCAUUUAAUAACGUAUGUAUUGAGUUAGUUGUGAGCUGUGUUAAGUCACAGAAGCUGAGAGAAGCUUUCAAUCUAUUGCAAACCAUGAGGAAGUUCAAAUUCCGCCCAGCAUUUUCAGCCUAUACAACUCUAAUUGGAGCUUUGUCUACAGUUCCUGAAUCUGAUCUCAUGUUGACUCUCUUUCAUCAAAUGCAGGAGAUAGGUUAUGAAGUUACUGUGCAUUUAUUUACAACUAUUAUUCGUGUAUUUGCCAAGGAAGGCCGAGUUGAUGCUGCUCUCUCCUUGUUGGAUGAGAUGAAGAGCAACUCUUUUAAUGCGGAUGUUGUUCUUUAUAACGUCUGUAUAGACUGCUUUGGUAAAGUCGGUAAGGUGGAUAUGGCCUGGAAAUUCUUUCAUGAAAUGAGAAUGCAUGGCAUGGUGCCUGAUGAUGUGACAUAUACUAGCAUGAUAGGAGUUCUCUGCAAAGCUGAGAGACUAGGUGAAGCGGUGGAGUUAUUUGAGGAGAUGGAUGUGAAUAGGAAAGUACCUUGUGUGUAUGCGUAUAACACCAUGAUCAUGGGCUAUGGUUCUGCUGGAAGGUUUGAGGAAGCAUACAGCUUAUUUGAGAGGCAAAAAAGAAAGGGGUGCAUUCCGAGUGUGAUUGCAUAUAAUUGUGUUCUCACUUGCCUAGGGAAGAAGGGAAGAGUAGAAGAAGCGUUAAGGAUUUUUGAUGAGAUGAAGAAAGAUGCAGCUCCCAAUCUUCCAACUUAUAACAUUCUAAUAGACAUGCUUUGCAAGGCAGGUAACCUCGAGGCUGCUCUGCGUGUUCGGGAUGCCAUGAAAGAAGCUGGUUUAUAUCCUAAUGUUAUGACUGUAAACAUAAUGAUUGAUCGACUCUGUAAAGCUCAGAAACUUGAUGAUGCUUGUUCUAUCUUUGAAGGAAUGGAUCACAAAGUUUGCACACCAGAUGCAGUUACGUUUUGUUCUCUUAUAGAUGGCUUGGGUAAACAAGGAAAGGUAGAUAAUGCCUACAGGCUUUAUGAGAAGAUGCUGGAUUCUGAUCAGAUUCCAAAUGCUAUUGUAUAUACAUCCCUCAUCAGGAACUUCUUCAGGUGUGGUAGAAAGGAGGAUGGUCACAAAAUAUACAAAGAAAUGGUGCGUAGGGGCUGUUCUCCUGAUCUGAUGCUUCUUAACACCUAUAUGGAUUGUGUUUUCAAGGCUGGUGAAAUUGACAAAGGUAGAUUUUUGUUUGAGGAGAUAAAGGCUCAAGGAUUCAUCCCGGAUGUGCGGAGCUAUUCAAUCUUAAUUCAUGGCCUUGUAAAAGCAGGUUUGGCACAUGAAACCUAUGAAUUAUUUCAUGCGAUGAAGGAUCAAGGCUGUGUAUUGGACACCCGUGCUUACAAUGCCAUCAUUGAUGGAUUCUGCAAAUGUGGAAAGGUGAAUAAAGCAUACCAGCUGCUGGAGGAAAUGAAAACUAAGGGUCACCAGCCCACAGUUGUUACUUAUGGUUCUGUCAUUGACGGGCUUGCCAAGAUUGACAGACUUGAUGAAGCAUACAUGCUUUUUGAAGAAGCAAAGUCAAAGGGAGUAGAAUUGAAUGUAAUUAUUUAUAGUAGUCUUGUUGAUGGGUUUGGGAAGGUGGGUAGAAUUGAUGAAGCAUAUCUAAUCAUGGAAGAGCUAAUGCAGAAGGGUUUGGCACCUAAUGUUUACACAUAUAAUUGCUUGCUUGAUGCACUUGUGAAAGCUGGUGAAAUUGAUGAAGCCAUUGUUUGCUUUCAAUCCAUGAAAGACUUGAAAUGUACACCCAACCAUGUAACUUAUAGCAUUCUCAUAAAUGGUCUUUGUAGAGUUAGAAAAUUCAAUAAGGCUUUUGUGUACUGGCAAGAGAUGAAGAAACAAGGGUUACAGCCCAACACAAUCACCUACACCACCAUGAUAUCCGGACUUGCAAAGGCUGGGAACAUAAGAGAUGCUAGUGGGCUUUUUGAGAGGUUUAAAGCCAGUGGUGGCAUUCUCGAUUCUGCUAGUUAUAAUGCUAUGAUAGAAGGAUUAAGUAGCGGAAAUAGGGCAAUGGAAGCAUAUGCACUUUUUGAGGAAACUCGGCAGAAAGGUUGUCAUAUUCAUACCAAGACAUGUGUUGUUCUGUUGGAUGCCUUGCACAAGGCUGAAUGCCUUGAGCAGGCAGCAAUUGUCGGUGCUGUGCUUAGGGAAACUGCAAAGUCUCAACAUGCUUCAAGAUCAUGGUAAAAUUGCAUAUCGUGCAAUUUACUGGAGGGAUUAAUAGAUGUGUUUUGCUCAGUGAGUGGUGAUGACACAAGGUGCCUUCUCAUGCAUUCAUGCUGAUGGAGCAAAUAUUGGGGGAUGGGAGAUCUUUUUUCUUUUUUUUUCCUUCCUGAAAAGUCUUCGUUCCAUCAAUUCCUUAACAUGAUUGAAGUCGCUCUCUAUAGAGGUAUAUAGUGUUUCGAAUUUGUCUCGGUUGUGAGAUGUCAAGGAAAUUGAGUUUGAAGAGAAUGAACCUUCCUUCCAAGAUGUAUGUCGUCCAGCCCAACCUCGGACUCUUUCUUCCCGACCUAUUUUACUCUUUGCAACACUAACUUCAGUCGCCGUUAUUCAGGAGCAUGAGUUUGUUUUGAGAACCAAUGGUUCUUGAUUGAAUACAGUGCCUUGCCAAUUAUUCCGGAUACUCGGUUCAAUUGAGUUAAUGGGCCUCUUUGGAGGAGCAGCCCCCCUCCCCUACAAAGAGGGCAAAUUUUUGGUUUGUAUGGCCGAUGGCCUAUGUUGGAUAUAGUCGUUGGGCGGGUCAUCUUCUUCUGUAAAUUUUUCUCUUUCCUCCUGAGCAUAGGAAAAUUUUGUAAGUGACACCCAAUAGCUAGUUCUAUAAUGUUAUACCCAAGCACUUUAUGUUUUUGGAUAAA